AUGUCAAAGGCAUACGAUCGUCCUUCGCUGACGCCGCAGUUCUGCUUUAACCAAACAGCAUUGAGAGACUUCCUCCGUCUCUCCCGCGCCACCAUUGAUGAUUCCAUAACGCAAAACCUAAACUCUCUCCUCACGCCUGCCUCGGCAGGCUUCGAUCCCUCGUCGACUUCCGAACGGCAGACCCUCCCUCCAGGCACACGCCGUCAGAUUCCCGCCUCGAGCUGUCAAUACUUUAAAGAGAAGGUGCUCUUCCCGUCAUGGCAAAUGCGCUCAGACGUCAUAAACUACUGUGCUAGCGUGGCGACUUCCCCAGAUCCCGAUGAUCCCGAUGCGAUACUGCGAGAGGUGGAGAGCGCCCGAGCGAGAGAGCGGAUUGUGGACGAGCGAUUGGAUCCUUACAGUGGAAGGUAUUUUCCGAGAGAGGUACGGACCGAGAUGUUGGCGAACACUAUGAGGAACGAACGGAGUGUGGAGAGUAUUAUCAGGAGUAGGACUUGGAGUCUGGUCGGAGAAAGAUGUGGGGAAGAGAUGGGGAAGAGCGCCGAUGAGGCUUUGGAUCAGUGGAGGAGAAGACAGGAUGCCCGGCGAGUGUAA